AUGUCGAUCGAAGAGUGGAACACUCUGGAGAUGCCUGCCGACAAGAGCAAGCAGCAUCACGCUCUUAUCAACAAUGCGAUAUUCUUUGCGGUCGCUGCUGCCAUUCCUGCUGUCUUGGGAAGGAAGUUUGAUGGACUUGCCGUCUUGCCGUUACUCUACGUGACGACGUUCCGCAUCCGCAAAGCGUUCCUGUACUUUGCAGCUUUUCCGCUCGUUUGCGUCGCGAUUUGUGCUGUAGCUGACGAACAUGGACCUUCAGACAAGCGCUGGGAUCUCAACAACAUCAACCUCGAAGAUGGAUACAAGUUUGUUGCACCCAUCCUCGUCUCUGUCGUGCUCCACUACGCGGGUGCUUUCAUGGCAUCGGACUGGAGGGUGACCUCUCGUGCGGCAUUAGACGAAUUCUCCGAGUCGGUCUCCGGCUUCUUGGACAGAAAGUGCUACAAGGAAAAGUCUUGGCCUUCGCUCUUUUACAUGAAGGCCGAAAGGGUGCUGAUCUCGUUUGUGUGCAUCUUGAAGAUCAUUCUUGCCGUCGCUUUUCUCGUCUUCUUUCUUGUUUUCAACGGGGUACGCACUCCUACGGAACUGCCCUCGGGGCUGACGUUUCCGAAGAUCCCCUCGGAUGUUGUGGGAUGCAGCGCUACGGAUCCGAAGGCAGAAUCCUAUCUACGGAUGUGGCUCUGGGCCUUUUAUGCGAUCGUGUGCGCCACCGAGGUUAUGUACCAUAUGGCUCUAUACAUGUCCAACCAGAUCAGCUGUGCUGUUCCUGGAUCGUUCACCAUGGCGGUGUUGCAGCCUACGUACUGGCAGUGGUAUUUCAUCGCUUCCUACGCCCCGUCCAGGGGCCUCUGGAUCCCUAUCCUCACUGAAUCUCUGCGCACGUGCUCUGUGAGCUUCUUCCGCAUGCAGGACAAGGACGACGUUCUUGUCAGCCCUCUGAUGUCGAUGAUCGAGUUCUUCCACGUGUUGCUCAUGAUCGCCCUUGGGAAAUUCUCCUCCUGCGCGUACCCGGACGCCAUGCUGUACCGCGAGCUCUUCCUCAGCUGCUUCUUCCUCUACAGCAUGAUCACCUUCAGGUACAAGAAGUGGAGAACGUGGAGCAAGGCCAGGAAGCUCGUUCAAGCUCGACUCUACUUCCCAGUCCACCACAAGGAGAUCGAGUGCUACGUUCGCAAGUGGCAGAAAGGGAUCAACCUGCCCGAUGGAGGAGGCGACGUGGAGUUUCCCGAGGAUCAUCCUGCAUGGAAGAAGUCCCAUGGAAAGCCGAAUGUUAAGUAUUUCCCUGAGCUAUCAAUCUCCCGCAAAGAGUCUCGCCCAGACUGGGGAAGUGAAGUGCCGAAGUUUGUGACCUUCGAGAGGAAGACUCAGAUGCCUGGAGAGUGGAUCUGCGUCGAGAUCGGGACCGACGCUGGGGUCCUGCUGGAUGAAAACGAGAUGGACACUGGUCUCAAGGGUCAGUUCCGCGUUUUGCAUCCUCUGGUCGACUCCAAGGGUGUGCUCGCCUACUGGGGAGACUUCGGGCCAGGCAAGCUGUUUGCGGCGAAGAGAUACAAGAAGGAUCCGGCGGGGGGAUGGGACAUGACAGUCCCCGGAGACGAUGCGACGGAGGCGGAGCUCAGUGCAGCCAGGAAUCGCCAUGUUCGCCUCCUCAAGCCAUACUUUCAGGACUGCCUGAUGCAGGAGAAGGCGGCGGAGUUCGGUAGGGCCUUCAAUAAGGUCGAAAACCUCCCGUUCAACAACAAUGAGUACGUUCCUGGGCAGCAGGCGGUGCAGAACACUCCCAACAUGCUCUCCCUCUUCAGGGCGAGCUUCGUGACUGGCUGCACUCGGACGGAGCUGGAGGUUCUGGUGGGCCUGCACGAGCAGAAGUCCCUGCACGCGCUGUGUAACCGCGUCUGGCCGGAGAAGAUGAGAGAGUUCAACAAGGAGGUUGAGCAGUGGAAGGAGGAUCCAGAGUUUAAGAAACUGCUGGAGCAGUGGGAGAAGGAGGCGAGGCUGUACCGCAAGUACUUCGCCAACCUCAACCCUGUGCUGGACGCGGGUGUGGGCGGCAUGGCAGACAUGGAGGAGGAGCUGGACGAGGCGAUGAAGUCAAGCCUGAUGUCUGUGCCUACUAGUCAGGCCCGUAGUGGAUCCGUCCAGCGAUGA